AUGUAUAGAUUUUUAUAUAUUAAAUUAGUAGAACAACAGCUGAAACCUCAUUUCGAUCAAUUAUAUGGUGAUGUUGAUGUUAUAUGGCAAGAUGAUGGUGAUUCAAAACAUCGAUUUCAUUAUGCAUUAGAACAAAUGGAUGAGAUUUUCAAUGAUCGUGUUACAGCUGAAGAACAAGCUGAUAAAAUGACUGAUAUUUGGCUACUUGAAAACAUUUGGGGUUAUAUCAAAGAGAAAUUGAAAGGAGAAGAAAUUAAAAAUGUAUCGAUGUUGAAAAAUAAAAUUAUAGAGACUUCGAGAACAAUCAGUCCACAAAUGUGCUCGAAAUUGAUGAAUUCAAUUCCAAGAAGAUCACAAUGUUUAAUCAACAAAGAAAGCUAUUCAGUCAACAAAAAAGACUAUAAAGAUUUAUGA